GAAAAAGGUUGUAAGUCAGAUAACCUGUGACAAGUAUAAACAAAUGGAUUAGAAAAUUUAUUUGCUUGGGAGUAAAAACGGUAUCAUUUAUCCAAAACUUUUCCAAUAAGUAGUAAUCGAUUUUUGAUUUAGAAAAUAUCGCUUUCCGCACAUAACAUUAAAGGUUUUUUUUUUUUCAAAGUGACCCUGAUGGCUUUUGCUAGUAUUCUUUUCUGGUUUGUGAUUGUGGUUGCAGCAAAAGGAUCUCCAACCAAAGUGCUACAAGAUCAGGUAGACACCCUGAAUUGUAUUCCAACAAAAUGGGGUUGCAUCGACAUUUCUGAUCCUUCUUUUAGGCCUAGGUUAAAUGUUGAGCAACCUUCUGCAACGAAUUUAAAGGCACCAUGCAUACCUUCUCCAUGGGGUUGUAUAGAUCCCAGUGACCCAUCAAUUCGUCCACGAUCGAUGCCUGAUGAAGAUGGGACAUCAAAGCCAAUUAUUGCAAAUCCACCACCGUGCCAUUGCAUUCCUACUCCAUAUGGAUGCAUCGACCCUUGUGAUCCAGGUUUUCAUCCAAAACUAAAUGAAUAAAUGUAUUUUAUCAAUAAAUUUUCCAUUAAUCGUAA